AUGUCUCAAUCUUAUCACAGCGUGAUCUUGCCCCUAGGCAAAGACCCAUGGCUGCUGGACACAUAUAUGAAUGCUUCUGGUCAUAUUCGGAUUGGAGCUCUUCUCAUGGAUCUUGAUGCUCUUUCUGGUGUUGUUGCGUACAAUCAUACCGGCGAAGGAGUUUCCACUGUGACGGCUGCAUGUGACCGAAUCACGAUCAACAAUCCGCUCACGGAGAUUUGUGAUUUGGAGUAUAGCGGCAAAGUGACAUAUGCGGCAGGUAGAAGCAGUAUGGAAAUCACACUCCAGGUUGCCAAAGCACCAAAGGAAGGUGAGACCGCGAGAGCUGAGGAUGUACUCCUUACGUGCCAGUUCACCAUGGUCUCUCUAGACCCGGGAACGAAGAAGCCUGUCAAUAUCCCUGCCAUCCGUCCCGAGACAGAGGAGGAGAGGCAACUCUACGCCCAAGGCGAGGAGAAUAGCAAGCACCGGAAAGAGCUGCUCCAGCGAUCACUACUAAAGCAGACGCCCAACGAUGAGGAAAGUGACCUGAUCCAUGCCAUCUGGCAAAGGCAGUUGAAAUGGCAUGACCCAAAUGAUCCUCUUCGUCAACCGUCGAAUGUCCAGUUCAUGGAUGCUACGAGGCUCAGCACGGCGAGCAUUAUGCAGCCUCAGUAUCGGAACAGGCAUCAAUUCAUGAUCUUUGGCGGCUUUCUGCUCAAGAGUACCUUUGAACUUGCAUUCUGUUGCGCAGCCAGUUUCGCCCACGUUCGACCCACAUUUGUAUCGCUUGAUCCAUCGACGUUCCAAAAUCCCGUGCCUGUUGGUAGCGUUCUAUAUCUAACCGCCACAGUCGUUUACACCGAUCCACCAGUCGUCGCAGGCGAGGGUGAUAAUUCUGGAACACCACCACAGACCCGCGUCCAGGUACGCGUUGACACCAAGGUUCGAGAUGUAGAGCACGGCCAAGCGAAGCCCACUGGACAGUUCAACUAUACCUUUACUGUGGAUAGAGACAUCAAGGUUAUGCCGAGGACAUAUUCAGAGUUUAUGAUGUAUGUCGAUGCAAGAAGAAGGGCAAAGGCUGUCGUAGCGAGCAUGAAGGCUGGCGACACUGACAGUGGUGAGAAAGAGCGGCUUACUGAGUAG